GCGUGUCCCCAGGAGGCCCCGCCCCCGAAGCCCCCCCCAGCCCCGACGGGGCGCGCAGCCCGGCCCCGCUGCCCGGGGGCACCCGGCGGGACCCCAUGGCCGGGACCCCCGGGGCUCCUCGCUGCGGCUCCCCCGGGCCCCAGGGCAGCCCCGCAGCCCCUGCUGCCCUCGGGGAGAGCCCCAUGGAGCCCUCCGUACCCUCCUGCUGCCUCCCUGCCCCUGCACGUGGCGUCACGGAGGUGCGAUGGCAGCAGGCGCUCGGUGUUCUGCUGUCCCCAUGAGCACGGUGCCGUGACACGAGUCCCAGUGGGCACCCCGGUAUUGGUCCCGUCCCGAGGGCAGCGCAGGUGUCAUUGCCUGAAAGUGAAGUGAGAGCUCGGCGUCCCGUACGGCGCGUGCAAUAAACACCCCGGGGUUCUAAGAAACCUCCCGCUCUCACCCCGCUCUCUCAGCUCAGCCGGCGCACCGCAAAGCCGGCGAGUGAAACCGCAAUGCGAUGGAUACUGUAACUCAUCCCUCUGCCGCGCUGCAGGGUGAGUCGAAAAUUCCCCGAGGUGACGACGCUGUGACAUAACGACCUGCGGCCUCCCCUGCCGGCCACCAAACCCACAAGGCUGCCAGCACCUCGCUGCGCUCUGAAGGUGCACGCCGUGCCUCCUGCACCCUGUAACCACGCAGGGGCCGUGGCGACCCCUCCCUCAGCACCGCAGACCCCGGUUCCCUUCCCCAUCCCAGCAGCCCCCUCCGCCCUGCCAGCCUCCUUCCCCUCUUGCUGCAGCUCGAACCUGGCUGCAUUUCCCAGCCCCACAAGAUGAGCGGGGAUGUUUAAAUGCCCAGUCACUCCAAAGGGCUGUGCAGGAAUGGAGGAUGUGCUUCCUGCCUGCGUGAGUGCUGUGACCUGCAGGUAUGCCUUGCAGUGACUGACAGCAGCGAGCUGAUACUGUCGAAAUGCCCUUUCGGAUCCCCGGGCUCUCUGCUUUACAGUCAUUUCUCCACUCGCUGGCUGGCAGGUUGGGUUGGCUCCGUCUUGCGUAAUUACUCAGCGAGGGCUGGAGGUGAGGCUGAUGCAGCACAAGGCACCAAGGUGGGGAAACCUGGGGCUCAGCAGCCUCUGAUUUCCACUCUCCGGGCUCUGGGAUUCCCACGGCUGGAACCAGCUGCCCUCCUGACACAUGUCCUGCUCCUGCCCAGGGCAACCACAUUUCUUUCACCCCGUUGGGAAGGGACGAUGCUGCAGCCAGGUGUCCGAGGAGCACAGCUGAGGGGUUUGGAGCCAAGCCCCACACACACAAGCUGAUAAAUCACACUGCAUUUCAUUCCUGUUUCCCAGAGUUUGGGGUGCUGAGAAGCAAAUUGAUGCUGGGCUGGGGAAUGGCAUCGCUGCAGGAGGGUGGCUUGCCCUGGCAGUGCCUGCCCACAGGCUUUCCGCACGUGUCCCUGCCCAAGACGUGCACGUGUGACUCCCGUAUGGUGGCUUCAAGUGCUGCUGAGGGGUCUGAAAGUGAGGGGAUCCCUCGUGGUGGGUCUGUGGGAGCCCCGCACGGCUGACAUUUGGCUGCCUGCAGCCUCAGGACUGAGUCACCCCUCAGGACCCGCUAUGUGCAUUGCCCUUUGAGGCUCACACCGAAACAUGAGUGGUAGAUGAAGAGACCUUGAGAGCAGGUCCCACCAGGCAGGCGCAGGGCUGAGGGGCACAUGGAGCGGUGUGGUGAUGGGGGACAGAAAUAUUUGCAGGAAGACAGUGCUGCUGGGGCCUGCUGUGGGGCUGGGAGCCGUGCACCGCUCCCUUUGCUCUCUCGGCCCCAGCCAGACCCCGCUGCAGCGGCUGCUGAAAGCUCACGGGAGGAUUUCUCCUUUCCACUGCCAUCCCCGGCCCCCUCCUCCCCUGCCCACCAUGGCUAUUUGCAUCUGCGUGGGCGAACUUCGCGCUGCUUGCCGAGCUAAAUCCAGUGGGGUGGAAACUUUUGCGGAACGACCUGCUGCGGGCACGUGGCAGCGGUGUCAGGGUGAGGGCUGGGGGACGAGCCGCCCGGACCCUCACCUCUCAGCCCCCAUGGGCUGUCCCCACCACCCCAGCUGGGGUGGGAGACUUCACGCAGACAGUGCCAGGGUGGAAAAAACGGAAUCUGGAGGCAUUUAUUUCAGCAUCUGCCCACAGAUCCUGACCCUGCAGGGGUAGGAGGAGGGCUCGGGGCAUCUCCCCUGCUCCUGACAUGUGUGGGUGGUGAUGUGGUGCUGUGCUCACCUCCGCUGGCACCCAGCAUCCCUGCUGGUCCUGAGGGCAGUGGGUGCAGGUGCGUAGAGCCCUUUUGUGGGACGUUUUCACCCCUCCAGCACCAGAAGCCCCUUUCUGUCUGUCUCCGGUGCACCUGGGUGUGUUGCAGAGCCCGCACCAGCAGGAGCCCCCCAAAACACUCCCCUCACCCCUUCAAGGGGGGAAAACCCCGCGUGGGAGGAGCAGGGAGAGCGGGGUGACGCUUGUCACGGGUGGGAGGUGUGUCACCAGCCAAGGGCUUAUAGGAGCGCCGGUGAGAGCAGGAACCUCCGUCACAGCAGCCGUAGGAGCAGAGGAGCGCCAGGCAAGGCCCGUGCGCUCGUGAUGGACUCCCUGAGCACUGUCCUGCCCACCAGCGAGGUCACUGAGCACAGGCUGGGCAACUCCUGCUCCCAGAUCCAAGAUGAGUUCCUCUUCGUCACGCUCCCCGUGAUGUACUCGCUGAUCUUCAUCGUCGGGCUGCUCAGCAACACCCUCGCGCUCUGGGUGUUCUCGUGCGGCACGCAGCGCAGGACCUCCAUCACGGUGUACAUGAGGAACCUGGCGCUCUCCGACCUCUUGCUCUCCCUCUGCCUGCCCUUCCGCAUCGCCUUUCAGAACAAGAGCGAGCCCCGGAUCUUCUGCAACGUGGUCGGGGCCUUCUUCUACCUCAACAUGUACGUCAGCAUCACCUUCCUCAGCCUGAUCAGCCUGGACCGCUACCUGAAGAUCAUCCGGCCCCUCCAGAAAUUCAAGAUCCACACCGUGGCCUGCAGCACCGCGGCCUCUGGGUUGGUUUGGUUGGUGCACUUAGCCUUCAUGAUGCCUUUCUUUUUUGAGACCAGAGAAGAAGGGCCCUGUGAAUAUAAGUGCUUCCACUUCAGGAACAAAAGCACCACGGCAGCAGCCUUUAACAUGACCGCAGUAGUGAUUUUCUUUAUCCUGCUGCUGCUCUUCCUCUACUUCUAUGGCAAGAUAUUUGCCAAGCUCCACAGAGUCUCCUCGGUGAACGCUCAGCAGCUGAACAAGAAGACCAGCAUGAGAGCCAUCACCAAGACCUUUGUAGUCCUGAUCAUCUUCAUCGUAUGCUUCACCCCCUACCACAUCGUCCGCGUCCCUUACAUCCUCGCGCAAGUCGAGGUCAUUUCUAGCCUGCCCUGGAAGCAGGGCCUCCACCUCGCUAACGAGCUCGUGCUCUGCAUCUCAGCUCUCAACAGCUGCCUUGACCCAGUUGUCUUCUUUUUCUUGUCCAGCAGUUUCCGGAGGGCUGUGCUCUGCACCUUCCAGGGCAGGCUGAAGAGAGCUCUCAUGAGGAACCAGGGCAGGCUGAACCACAGCAGGUCUGUGACAGAAAUAUAGGCUUUACAGCGGGGCCGAGGUUUUUCUCAUGGGAUUUUCUCAUCACGGAUUUGCUCUGGCUGAUGGUGCUUAUGGGACAAGGUUUGCUGGGAAGAUGGAGGAAGAAACUGGAACUGCUUCAUGUUUCUUCCCCUCACGCCAGCAGGGUUAGAGCAUCAUGGGGGGGGGGAAGCAAAGAGGAAAGGAUAACUGGGACCUUACUUUUUUCCUGCCCCGGCUCUGCUGGCAUAGCUGAAGGACGUUUCCUAGGAAGAAUGAAGCUGGAAGAGCCAAAGGAGAGCCAGUGUUGGCCGAGGAUCUCCAGCCAGCCCAGGGAAGGGCAGGGGCAGAGCCCUGGGCAGAGACAGGCUCCUUCAGUGGAGGGAGCGGAGGGAGGGGAACAGGAACCUGCUGCGAGCCUUGUUAAUACACAUCACCUCCACACCAGAGAGACGAGAAAAGGGAAGGGGAGGGGAGACAAUGCAGUGCAAAAGCAUCAGGGAAAGGUGAGGGAGACACUCACCAGAGCAUUAUUUGUGCAGCGGGUGAAUGGUUUGCUCCGCGACGGAGCCCAGCGGUGUGCAGCUUGUGUGACAGGCAUGCCAGGAAACGUGCAGACCCUGUAACCCCAAACCAUGGCAACGAUAACCGUAACUCUCUUCUUACCACAGUCUGUGUAACUCCGGCUCGGCCUCACCUCUCUAGAGAUUCAGACAGGCAGCUCCAGGCUUCCUUAGCUCUGUUUCUUUGCCCAUUUCGCCAGCACGUUCACAGAGGGCUGGCAGCCUCACCCAGCCAUAGCACAGCACCUGCUUGGCACUUGGACCAUGCCAGGGUCAUUGCUACAGGAAGGGGUCCAAUGGGCAGAGAGGAUGCAGCACAGAAGUGCCUGUGCCUCGUCUGAGACCCAUGAGCCCCAAAUGUGAGCUUCUGCCUCUGAGAUCCUCAGCGCAAGCACUGCUAUUUUGCAUUGACUCUGAAAAAGGAACCUGCAAGGGAUAUGGAAGGUUUCCUGCUUUGAUUAGUCUUCAGCAUCCAUUCCCUUCCUUCAGAAGAGAUACUUCUCUGUAUUUUUUUCCUUUUAUGUGCUCUCACCACGUUUGUUCACUUAUUCUUAGGAGACUGCAGGCUUGGAGCAGCAGCCUGCUGCACUCACUCCUCAGGUAGAAAAGCCCUGGCCAUAAAAAGCCAGGAGGAUUUUCAUUCAGACUGUGAACUUCUUUAAUUAACUGUGGAACUCAAAUACUUGAAUAAUACUUGGGAGAAUAAAAUGUUUUCUUAAAGA